AUGUCUCUGCCGACCACCACGCGCGAGUACCGCCUGCCCGAGUACAAGGGCCCCUCGAGUCUCGUCCUGAAGGAGGCGAACGUCGCGCCUCCGAAGUCUCACGAGGUCCUCGUCAAGAUCAAGGCCGUCUCGCUGCAAUACCGCGACCUCAUCGUCUCGAAGGGCCAGUACCCGCUCGGCGUGAAGGAGAACGUCGUGCCCGGGUCCGACUGCGCGGGCGAGAUCAUCGCCGUCGGCGACAGCGUCACCGCGUGGAAGAAGGGCGACCGCGUCAUGCCGAACUUCUCCAUCGACCACCUCUUCGGCCUCGCCCCGACGCCCGAAUCCAAAGCGACGGGCCUCGGCGCCCCCAUCGACGGCGUCCUGACCGAGUACCGCGUCUUCCCCGCCUACUCCCUCAUCCGCGUCCCGCCCAACCUCUCGUACGAGGAAGCGUCCUGCCUCCCCUGCGCCGGGCUCACCGCCUACAACGCGCUCUUCGGGCCCUCGCCGCUCCGCGCCGGCGACUCCGUCCUCGUGCAGGGCACCGGCGGCGUGUCCGUCUUCGGCCUCCAGAUCGCGCGCGCCGCGGGCGCGACGGUGAUCGCCACCAGCUCGUCGGACGAUAAACUCGUCAAGGCGAAGCAGCUCGGCGCGACGCACGUGAUCAACUACAAGAAGGUACCGAACUGGGAAGACGAGGUGUUGAGGAUCACGAACGGCGAAGGCGUCGACUACGUGGUCGAGGUCGGCGGUGUCGGCACUCUCCCCAAGUCCGUCAAGGCGGUCAAGAUGGGUGGGGUCGUCUCACUCAUUGGGUUCGUUACCAGUUCCGGCGACGUCUCCUCUCUCCCUAUCAAUGUCAUCACUAAGGCAUUCAUGCUCCGCGGCAUCCUCAUCGGCAGCGUGGAACAGUUCCAGCAAUUCGUGCGUCUCGUCGAGGCGAACGACCUCCACCCGGUCAUCAACAAGGUGUUCGACUUCGAGCACGCGAGAGAGGCUUAUGAGUACCUCAAGAGCCAGCAGCACGUCGGCAAGGUUGUCAUCAAGGUGGCCAAGGAUUAA